AGACUGCAUUUUUGGUUCAAUCUUGGCGUCCCUGGUGGCGUCCCGCCGCGGUCACCCGUGUAAGCAAUCUCGGGGCUGGCGGGUUGUGCCCAAUUCAAUGAAAACCCAUGCAUGUUUGCCUUUGCCAAUGUCGUUCCUACAAAUUUGCAGCCCUGCGCAGCAAAAGGCUGAGCAAAUGAGCAGAGAAUAUGCCAUGUCACCAGGAUCGAUCAGGCAUUACACUGCGAAUGUCCCAAAUGCCGUGAUACCAACGCGUACAGCUCCGCCCAUUGUCAUCCUCUACGAAGCCUUGCAAACUGCGACCAGUCCGCUGGCGGAGGCGUCGCCCGUGAAUCCAGCGCAGCGUGUGAGUUUCGGCCUCGGGUGUGGUUCUUCAGAGCUGCAGGGCGCCUCCGCCCUGCCUCUGGCGGCUCGACAGAAAGAGAGCUUUGAGUCGUCGAACACCUCCAGCGCCCCGAGUUCAGAGGAAGCCGCGACCACUGCGACGAAGCCUUCGGCGGCACUUCGCCCACGUGGAAAAGGACCCUCGCGUCGCAAGCAGAAGAGCAUUGGUUGCUGUUGAAGGGCGAAAAA